GUUUAAGGGCUGGGGCUGACUUGGUGUAAACUGAUUGUUGCUAGACAUGUGAGUGACCAGUUUGUCCACCGAGGGGUGGGGAGUAGGCCUGGGGAGAUUGCAUAUAAGCAUUCCACUCUUAUUUAUUAUUUUAAAGCAUUGUGUUAGAUGCUUCAUACACAUUGCCUCUACUCCUCAUAAAAACCCUGAGAGAGGACUAUUAUCAGCCACAUUUUACAGAUGAAGAGACUGAGGCUCAGAGAGGUUAAGUAACUUAUUCAAGUCAGCAAAUGGGUAGUGGGGCUAGAAUUAAAAUCCUAACCUAUCUGCCUCCAGGGCUGACAUUCUUGCUAGACUAUCUUUAAAUGACUUUAGACAACAUUUAAAUGAGUGUGACUCUCUUAUAGGUCUCAUCAUGUGGAUGCCUCCAGGGCAGAACCAAAGCUGGGUUUCUGAAUUUAUCCUGCUUGGCUUCUCCAGUGACCCCACGUCCAACAGGAUCCUCUUCAUUGUCUUCUUUCUCCUCUACCUGAGCUCAGUCUUGGCCAAUGGGCUCAUCGUCACCCUGAUCUGCCUGGACACACAUCUCCACACUCCCAUGUAUUUCUUCCUCUGUAUCCUCUCCCUGCUGGAUAUGGGCUCCGUUACCACUACUAUGCCCCAGAUGUUGGUGCAUCUUCUCGCUCACUCUCAGGCCAUCUCCUUUACUGGCUGUUGGCUGCAGAUGUAUAUGUUUGGUACCCUGAGCGUGGCCGAGUGCAUUUUAUUUGUAAUCAUGGCUUAUGACCGAUACGUGGCCAUCUGCUACCCACUGCGUUACACUGUCAUCCUCAACUGGGGCUUGUGCACACGGCUGGCAGCUGGGACCUGGGCCGGCGGUUUCUUCUCUCUGAUCCAUACUUCCCUCACCAUGAGGCUGCCAUACUGUGGGCCCAACGUGGUCAACCACUACUUUUGUGAAGGCCCCUCAGUACGGAGCUUGGCUUGCAUGGAUACCCACCUCAUUGAGAUGGCAGACCUGGUCAUCAGUGUCUUCAUGCUUGUUGCCCCACUCUCCCUCAUUCUGGCCUCCUACAUCCGUAUUGCUCAAGCCAUUCUCAAGAUCAAGUCCACUCAGGGCCGCUGCAAGGCUUUCUCCACCUGUGCUUCCCACCUGAUUGUGGUCACUCUCUUCUAUGCUCCAGCCACCUACAUCUAGAUAAGACCCAACUCCAGCUAUUCCCCUGAGCGAGACAAGCAGAUCUCCCUCUUUUAUAAUGUCUUCACUGCCCUGCUCAACCCUGUGGUCUACAGUCUGAGGAACAAGGAUAUCAAGGGGGCUCUUCUUAAAGUGAUGGGGUGGAGUAGGGUGGCCUGGUGAACUGGGAGACAGGAGGGGCCUGGGGUAGAAUGUCCAAUGCUGAGGAAAGGGACAGCAUCUAUAACGUAAGCAACCGACAUUGUGCAUUUGAACGAACACAGCACUUUGUCAGUGGAAAAAGUGUGGUACAUGAAACCACCAUGGCUGUCUCGAUCAGCUUGCUAUACUGUUGUGCAGUGAUAAACAACUCCAUGAUCUCAGUGGCUUGCAACAGCAAAAGUUCAUUUAUUGCUCAUGUUCCACCUCAGUUGUAGGUGGACUGUGGCCUUCUGCCACUGGAUUCUUGGAUCCAACCUGAAGGAGGAGGCCCUAUCUGGAACAUGCCAUUCUUACAACAGAGAGAAAGGAACAACGGCCAAAAUACACGGUGACUCUUAAAGCUUCUGCUCAUAAGUGACACACAUCUCUUUGCUCACAUCCUAUUCCCAAAGCAAGUGAUAUGGUCAAGCCUGAUGGCAAAAGGGCGGGAAGCAUUUUCUUCCCACAGAAAAGUAACGCAAGUCACGUGGCAAUGGGUAUGGAUGUAUAAUCCUCUACAGUGAGAGCAGAAAAUAAUGUGGGUGGUAAUAUAAUCUACUAUAAUGGCAGUAGAACCAAUAGAAUACAUGUAACCAAAAUGAAACAUGGUAACUGUAAGCGACUUGAUUCAUGGACACAGUAGAGGGCCGAGGUAAUACAGGCAUAGUGGUACAUGUAAACAAUAAAUAUCUGUAGCCAAGGUGGAAAAUUAAGCCAAUGGUAUAUGCAGCCAAUGCAGCCCACAGACCUGACUUGGUGCAAGGAACCGAUGUGGUUCAUGGGGCUAAUGUGGUAUAUUCUGCGUUGUGUUGUGGAAGGACACAGAACCUGACAUUAAGUGAUUUGGGUUCUAGUCCUAACCUUGCUAACUUGUUGUGUAACUUUGGGCAAUUUACCUUCUUUCUCUGGAUCUUACUUUACUCAUCUGUAGAAUGAAAGUCUUAAAUUUAAUGAUCUCCAAGACCUCUGUGUCUCUAAAAUUCUAUGCCGCAGUAGGUGGACUGCAUGAAACUCAAAUGCAAUAAACUUGUGAAAACUCCAUGGACAAUAAGACGAAUUAAAGAAACCAUAGAAGAAUAAAAGCUGUUGUAUAUAUGCUGCCUGUUGUGGUUUACAAAUGGGCAGCACACACAGCAGUGACUCUUACUCUUUCAAAGGAUCUGAUUGAAAUACGAGGCUCUCUAAGGAUCCUGGCACAGGGCCUCAAAGUUAGCAUGGACAUCCAGCUUUCUUUCAAGGCCUCAUUGGUAGCCCAGAGGUCUGGGGGAUGAAUCAAUUCAAGAAAUCCAAUAUUUCUUGAGCAUCCAUUAAGGCCCAGAGAGUAUCAGACCUUGUGGAAACCAAGACAGAUAUGAGGAGAGAUUUACAGUCAUGAAACUAUAAUACCACAACCCAAGAAGAUGCCACAGUGACCUGUGGGGACAGAUGGCCUCAUGGGAGUGAGGUUCUCUCAGUGGGUGCCAGACACAGAGGCCCAGGCUAUACCUCAGCCCACUCCCAUCCACCACUGUAUACCUCAGCACUUUGUAAGCUCUCCAGAGCUUGGAGUCAGGAAGAGAAAGAGGGAAACCCCAAGAAGAUUAAUGUUAUUUCUUCCACCAGUUGAAUGAUAGUUCGAAAUAGAAAUUAAGUUCUAGUUACUGAAAAAUGAAGUUGGAGAACUCUGAGGAAACAGACAGAGUUCUGUGACAGAGAAAAAUGGAGGAGGGAAACCUACUUACCAAGAGCUGACAGGUGAGGAAUUAAGAUUUAGCUGAUACCUGUGGAUGAGAAAGAGUCACCCAUACAAAGAGCCAGGAGAAGGGCAUUUCAGGCCAGGGGACUCCAACAAAGGCCUCAAGUCAGGAAAGGACCUUGCAUUGUUUGUGGAACCGGGAGAAAGUUCAUGUGGUCACAAUAAAGUGAGCAGGAGAGGUAAAGGCAACAUUGAGUCAAAGCUCUGUCCUAAGCACUAGGGUUACAGAAAAAAAAAAUCUCUGCCUCUCUACAGUUCACUGGUGGGGGCCAGUUGAUUGUCAACUGUCCUUCAUUGAUCCCCAGCACUGCUGAGAGAAGUCACAGCCCCUGUCCUCAUGGAACCAGCACAGUUCACAGGAAGCAGAUAUG